GAUGAGGAAAAAAAAAGACUCUUUGACUAUUCUGAGUAGUAUGAGCCUGGUCUGGUAUCUGGACUGCGGCCUUUUUUUUUUUUUCGAACACGAAUAGAGGACCCCGUCGUUGCGUGAUGCCAAAAGAGUCUAACCUCUGAAUGGCCGAGUACCUGGACAAGAUCGUGAUGGUACCUGUACCUGUACCGAGAGAGAGAGAGGAUCGGAGAAGGGAAAGGUACCCAUGUCGGCCAACUCCAAAGCUUGUUAUUACUGUAAUGAUGACCUGCUGUGCAGCGCAACGCACACACGCACGCACACGUCCCCAACGCAAUGGCACCCUUGUUUAUUACCUUACUUAGCUUACCCGCCUGGUCUAACCGCAGCAGUGGUAGCUCUACCACAUGUACACGAGGAGGUGGUUGAUGUGUGUGGAUGUGGAUGUGGAUGUGGAUGCCUUGAUAUUUGUCUCUAUGUAUACAUAUUCGAGCUACUGCCAGCUCUUCCCGUCCAUUCAAAGUCUCUUUCACUUUCUUGUUAUUCUUCUCAAAUGUGAAACCAUCUUUCCAACUUACCUAUUUUAAUGCACAUACAACUUUCAACCUUCAACGAGCAACACAUCUAACACAUACACACAAUGGCCUCUUACAUACGAGACAGUCGCAGUUCGGUGAGAGCUCAUAGGCGAGACUCGUCGUCAUCCUCAUCCUCAAACACAAACUCCAACCGCACAAGACCACGACUUCUUCGCUCUAGUGCCACGGAACCUUCAAUCACUGCUUCAAAUGCCAUCAGUGGUUCAUUCGCUGGCCCUGGCUCACCACACAGAGCAACUGAUCUCCUCAACCGUGUUGCCGUCUACUCGCCAUCUUCAGAAGCCACAACUCCAGGUUCAGUCUCACGCCACGCCGAGCCCAUCUCAAUCUGCCGUGAUGACCGAGAGCACUCGCCCUCCAGCAGCCCAGGAAGCCAAUCCGUCGUGAUGGUCGACUCACCAUCUGGUUAUUACUUUAGCUUUCCUAGCUUUGAGGAGUGGAACAGGGACAACCAAGAGGAUAUGAACAAGGACUCGGAUGAUUGAGAUGUGACGGGAAAGAGGGUGAGAGGAACCAAAUGGCCUCAAACCGAAAAGGGAAAACAACAUGACUACGACAGAGCGACCUCAACAGAACAGUCGCUCAUCCAGCACGGCCACACUCUCAACGAGAUGGUAGAGGCCUUCGCUGACGGCUCAAAGAGGAGCAAGUGACAGCGAGGCCAUUGGAACCAAGGGAUCAGAAACGCAUCGUCGACCAACAACCACAACCACAAUCACACCCGCCUUUUUACCAAUAUGAGACUGGAAUAAACGAGGUUGUGGCUGGCUGAUUGCGCCCUAGGACUAGGCUGGGUGGAUAGAGGUGAAAGGCUUCUUGGUAGAAGAGAAGCGGACGCUGAAAUCGAGCUGUACACGAUGAAUGAAUGAGGAAUAGCUGCACCUUUUUAGAAAGGUGGAGUGCAAGGGGGACCAACAACAUAGCACAACAGAGCAGAACAGACGGUCUGGGUGAAUCUCAGGACCCAUUCAUGGACAGAAAGCAAGACGCUUAGAUCCAGUUGGACGAGGUCUGCCAAAACACAAAGAAAACAGAUAAAAAUUAUACACAUCUCCCUGAAACAUUCCCUAAUUCAUAAGUGGUAAUCAAUCUUGUUGUCAAAUGUGAUGGAACAGCAUAAACUAUGACAUACUUUGGUUGUCGGUUCCUUGAAUAGAG